CUGCACGAGCUGGAGAAGGAGAACCUUCAGCUGAAAUCCAAAAUACAUGACAUGGAACUGGACCGUUUCUCGGAUAAGAGUCGCAUUGAGGAACUGCUGGAGGAGAACAUGGUGCUGGAAAUCGCUCAGAAGCAAAGUAUGAACGAGUCCACUCAGCUGGGUUGGGAACUGGAGCAACUUUCCCGCAGUGCCGAUCUGUCAGAUGCCAGAAAGUCGUUUGUGUUUGAGCUGAAUGAGUCGGCGUCCAGUCGGAUCCUGAAGUUGGAGAAGGAGAACCAGUCCCUGCAGAACAUCAUUCAGGAACUGAGAGAGGCUUCCAUCAGCCUGGAGGAGAGCAGCCUGAAGGGCCAGGAGUUGGAGAAGGAGAAUCAGCAGCUUAGUAAGAAGAUCGAGAAUCUUCACAUGCAGAUUGAGAAGGAGAGGCAGAGCAGUGCUGACUUGGAGAGUCUUGGUGAGGAUCUUCUGAAA